AUGCCUGCACCCAUCCCGCACGCAUCUCCUCAGCCUGAGGUCCCUCCACCCAUCCUAGAUACAUCUCCUCAGUUCGAGGUCCCUCCACCCAUGGUAGAUGCAUCUCUUCAGCCCGAGGUCCCUUCACCCACCCCACCUCCGCAGCCCAAUUUUGAUCUUGAUAUUGAUCAAAAUUUGGCCCCUCCUAUACUCCCUAAGACACCCUCGUACCCACCCACCAACUGUAGUGCACCCACUCCUAGCCUCUACAUAGAGCAUCAUUACCCACCUACCUCAUCCUCAUCUGACCCUCUAGGACCUCCGGUUGGGAUUGACACUCUACAGCCACAUACUGAUGUACCGGACGAGCAUCCCCCUCAUCAACCUUCACACCCAUGA